AUGUCCAUGAUAUAUGGUUAUGAUUUUACUGUCACUGCAAGCUCUAUUCUGCAAUUGAUGGGAGAACAACUUUAUGGUCUGAAUGUCAGAGACCUACAAGAUCUAGAGAACCAACUGGAAAUGAGCCUCCAAGGUGUCCGUAUGAAAAAGGAACAAAUUCUAAAAGAUGAAAUCCAAGAGCUGAACCGAAAGGGAAACCUUAUCUUCCAGGAAAAUGUGGAACUUUACAAGAAGGUCUAUGGUACAACAGAUAUAGCCACAACAAGCAGAAAUGCAUUUGUUCCACUUCCAUAUGGUAUGCAUGCAGGAUGGUGUCCACAAGAAUUGAUCCAACUUCAGUUAUGCCAGCCUGAACAAGAAGCUUGUGAUACAUCAGACACUGCCACAAAGUAA